AGACAAGUCUACUACCAGAAAUUGGGAUCCCAACAGGAUUUCGAUAGCAAGCCAAACGAUUGGGAUGACGCACUUCCGUUUGAAAAAAUCCCUGGUCCAAAACCUCUUCCCAUAAUAGGAAAUACUUUUAGAUUUUUGCCCUAUAUUGGAGACUUCUAUGGUGUUGACCUGAAGGAAUUACAAAGGCGAUUUUACAAACAAUAUGGUAGAAUUGCCAUACUGAAAGACUUGAAAGUAGCCAAAAAUAUAGUCCUACUAUAUUCUCCAGAGGAUAUAGAAAAGUUACAUCGAAACGAAGGCGUUUGGCCUCACAGAGAGGUCCUUAAUUCAUUUACAUACUAUCGCAAUAUACUAAGAAAGGACAUAUUUCAAGGAAUUGGUGGAGUAGCAACUGUGCAAGGAGAAGAUUGGUUCAAUAUUCGUUCCAAAGUUAAUCCAAUACUCAUGCAGCCAAGGAUGGCUCAUCAGUAUAUAGAU